AUGUAUAGCAGGCAGAUGGUGCGCAUCGGCACAGCAUCGAGAGUCGACAAACACACACUUCAAUCGACCGGCCUCUCCGAACGCAUUCGUCGCGCCUUCGCCAUCGACCCUAACCGCUCGUCCGGUGUUCCCCUCAACCCUGUCUUCCGCAACCCGGCCCCUGGCGCCUACGACCCCCUCUCCUACAACGACCCUGUCACCAUUCCCGCCGGUGACAUUGCCGACAAUGCCUAUUUCAAGCGUGAUUCUCGACGCGCUUACCCUCAGACGAGCGUCUUUGGCCAGCCCGAUGUCGUGAGCCUGCUGACCGUCGGCUCCGCCGCAUCGCCGAAGGUUGACCUCAUCGGCGAGGCUGGUGCGAAGGCCCUCGUCAAGGCCCAGGCCGAGGGCGAGAAGGGCGGCCUCGCCGUUUUUCUGCAAAAGAAGAGCCCCGGAGAGGUGAAGCAGGAUGUCUUCAUCGGCGGCCUUCCUCCGACGCCAGCGGGAACAGCGCAGGCAGCGGAUGGAACCUGGAAUGUACACAAGUACGAGCCCAAGACUGAGGGUUCAUACCCCGCCGAGUACUCUUGCCGGUCAUUCGUCUGA